CUAUGAUAUAUCUACUUUUUAAUUUAAGCUAAUUGUUAAAAAUGGAGGAACAAAAAAUCCGGAAUCGAAACGCUCGGGAUAAAAGAAAAGAAAAAUCGCAGGAAAAGUUAACUGAGGAGGAAAUCAAGAAGAGAGAUGAUGAUAAUACUCCUGAAAGAGCUCCUUUGCUAAUUAACAACAAAGAUGUUUCUCCAGAACUAUCCUCUGCUAUACUACCUAUACUGGAACUAGCUGGAACUAAACUCUGGAGAUGGAAAACCUUCCCAAUAAUUCUCCCUCAACCUGUCAAUCCUCAGACAGAAUCAGUCGGAACUGGAAGCACGAGACGGAAAACUAUGAAUAUGAAAGAUUUGUUCGUGGAACCAAACUUUAACGAACUUGAUGCAGUUUCUACAGAUUCAAAGGGUGAGCCUAAAAAAUUAAAUAAUUUACAACUGGAGUCAAUUCAACAAACAGGAGAAUUUGAGGUUGAGAGUGUACAGUUUGUUGGUCAAAAGCACACCUGGAGAUUGAACCAGGUUCUGCAGAAAGGAUCCCAGCAAUCAACUUUAACCUUGAGACGGGAUCUUGCAAGAGCUCUUCAUUUAUUAGUUGUAACAGCCCGAGAAGGUUUGGUGGGAGAAGGGCUGAGUGUUCUAAACUCUAAGAAAGGUUGGAAGGAUGGAUUCAAAUCUCUCGCGGAUUUUCUAAUAGGGUUGCCUAGUAUGAAAACUACCAAUCUACAGCAAAGGCUAAUGGAGGAGAGACAACAGUAUCUUGUUUGUGAACUGGUUUCACCCCUCUCCGGGUCCUUAGAUCAGCUAGCAGCCUUCGUCAGGAGAUUGAUUGUUAAGAGUUCUAUGGAGAAGGGUUCCUUGAAAGGGGAGAAGGCUCCACAUAUAAACUUCAUAUUCCAAACCCCUCAGGGUAAGGAGAUGGAUCUAAGAUUGUUCAGUGUAGAUGUAAUGAAGAAAGCUCUACCGAUAGUUUCCAGAAUAGUUGAGAUGGAAACAAAAGGAUGGUUCCCUGAAUUCAAGGAGAAGGUUCUCUCCCAACUCAAGACGGAGUACAAAGAUACACGAACUCUUCAAGCUGAAGCAAACAAAUGUGUUCAAGACGAGUACCUGAAAAGAAUUUCAACAAGUAUUUUACAGAACCUAGAGCUAAGAUCUAUAGGUUUAGGUAUUCCCGAAUUACUGUUAGACCAGCUCCGAGCUGGGGUAGUGUUCCAGCAAGCUCUAGAAGCUGCUGAGCAGAAGCUUGAGAAUCAUCUCCAGGCCGCUGAACGAGGACUUCAGAUUAGGCAUCCUAUUUUAUCUCAGAUUCCUGAAUGGGUAGCAAGAAGGUUAAAUAAGUUUAAGAUAGAAUACUUAGAGGAUGAGGAGUGGGAACCCCACCUCCUGGCACUGCGGCUAUGCAGGGAACAAAAUUUGGUCCAGCACGCAUAUUUUCUAUCCAGGGAUCAUACAUUCUUAAAGGAUCAAGAGCAUGUUCUUCUCCAAGAACUAGGUUUAUACUGUAGAUCUCCUACCCAUUCCUUCAAGUUCCAAAUACAAAUAUGGAAUCCAACAAACUGGGUUGUAACAGAAACAUACAAGGGUACUACCCAGAUCAUUCCCACAGUUGUGCAGAAACACACAGGAAAAUCAAGCUUUAGGCAGCAUAGUAGUUCAGAUGAUCCAGUUUAUCUAGUUGAGAAGCAAACCGUAAUAACCAACAGCACUCAGUAUCCGUUCUGGAGAUGGACCAACUUUAUCUACCGAACCUGGACCUGGAGCUGGAACCUUCUCUUUAUCCUUCUCAUCCUGGUUCCCUGGUGCUCCACCUUCUCCUUGAGAUCCCUUCUCUACCUUCAUCCCUUCUACCCAGACCUGGAGAUAUCACACCAGGACGACAGUCUUCACAGAAAAGCCUCGAGUAUAACCCCAACUUUAAACUCUCGACUACGUGAUCUGUGGAAGCAUAUUGCUAAGAGCAGAGAAGAGUUUGAAAACCAACCAGAUCGGGGGCUACUGGGCAAAUCCAUUACUAGGCAUUAUAACAGAUUUGUGAAUUAUAUCCUGAAAGGAUUCCUGGGAACUGUUCUAAUCAUCUUUCUGUUUCCAACUCUCUGCAUUAUUGUCUCAGGAUUAAGUCUAACCCUGGCUCUCCUGACUCCAGUGCUAGUCCCUACCUUGAGCCUGGUAGUUCACCUACUAGGAGCAGUUUUCUAUGAUUUUGAGACAGGGUCACCAACUCUAGCUCUGCUCCCUAACCUAGUCUGGAAUAUUGGAAUACGAGGUGUACUGCAGCCAGCUGUAGCUGUGCUGGUGAGCUGUGUACUGUGCCCUAUAUCAUCAAUGUUUAUUGCUGUACUUGCUGUACUUAGAAAGGGGGUCCGUACUGUCUGGGAUACAGUUAUGUUUGAACUGCUGAUCAAGAAAAGAGCAAAAGUUCCAUUUAUCGACACCUUCGUUGCCAGGCGAAUAUCAGGGCCUGGUAUGUCUAGCAGCUAUUUCUAUCAGAUAAAAACAGAACAGGCGCUGGUUGCUUUAGAGAGCAAGAUGGAGGUGGAGGAGUUGGAGGCAUUUCAGAUUGAGAUGGUAAAGAUGAUAACAGCCCCCCAGGAGGAUUAUAAGAAGUUUAUCUCUAACCUCCUCAGCCCUUUUGGGGUUAGUUUGAGUAAACCUAACCCUGGUCCAUUUAAUAAGAAGUUAGAGACAGAAACCUCAAACCUACUCAACAGCUUGACAACAAAGGUUGAAAACCGGAAAAACCAGUUGAGGUUAAGUUUAUCCGAGUCCACCCGGAGUAGGAUUAAACUAACAGAACGUGAACUCAAGCUUGCUCUGGGUAGGGGGGCAGCUAUGGCACAGAGGUUUUACCCUGGUCAUGUGAUAAGCCGAGAGGGACAAGGAUAUCAGGCUUUCUGGGAGUCAAGGCAACUCAGGCCUGAGGACUGGGUUGGAUUGGUUUCUAAUCUCUACUCCCAGAUCUUUUCUCCGGAUUUCCUUUGUCCUUUGCAGGACACGGAUACAGUUUUCAAUCUCAAGGUUGAGCACUGGAACCUAACAAGAUAUCUGAAUAUGGUGAUGGAAUCAGAUUGGCAUGAUGACCUAGAUGUUGCUAAAGCUGUUCACACACCUAAAGGAAAUAUCAGUAUACAGGCCCCUGUUCUAGACGUUUCUCUUUUUAACCCGAUGAAAGAAUUACAUUUGGGUUCAACAAUAAACUUUGAAAAAUGGAGAAAUAAUAUAAGUAAAGUGAAUUUAGUUCCCCGUCUUCCGGUUCCACUUCCGGUCCCACAUCCGGCACUAGUAUCCAUUAUAAUAUAUAACAGAGAGGCAGAGAAUCCUUUAAACCUUGACAGCAGCAGAUCUAUACUCAGUGAAUUGGUCGGGUACAGCCAACCUAUGUCUACAGAAUACCUUCUUCUAACUGAGGAGGAGGAGCAGCAGAAGGAGGAGAAGGAGCGGGGCAGCCUGGGGAGCAGGGACAGCAUGUACGAGAUGGGAUCCCUCAUGGAUUCCCUCUCCCACAGUGUAGAACAUUUAGAUACACAGGUCAGUUUAUGUAUAGCCACCACACACAUUUUUAGAACAANAAUUUAUGAUUAUCAUGGAAAUAAUGACAAAUUUAUUGAUGAUCAUGGAAAUAUUGACAAAUUUAUUGAUGAUCAUGACAAUAUUGACAAAUUUAUUGAUGAUCAUGGCAAUAUUGACAAAUUUAUUGAUGAUCAUGGAAAUAUUGACAAAUUUGGUGAUGAUCAUGGAAAUAUUGACAGUGAUUAUCAUGGAAAUAUUGACAAAUUUAUUGAUGAUCAUGGAAAUAUUGACAAAUUUCUUGAUGAUCAUGGAAAUAUUGACAGUGAUGAUCAUGGCAAUAUUGACAAAUUUAUUGAUGAUCAUGGCAAUAUUGACAAAUUUAUUGAUGAUUAUGGAAAUAUCGACAGUGAUUAUCAUGGAAAUAAUGACAAAUUUAUUGAUGAUCAUGGAAAUAUUGACAAAUUUACUGAUGAUCAUGGCAAUAUUGACCAAUUUAUUGAUGAUCAUGGCAAUAUUGACAAAUUUUUUGAUGAUCAUGGAACUAUUGACAAAUUUAGUGAUGAUCAAAGGGAAUGUUCAUGCAUGUACUGA